AUGGGAUUUUUGAGUGGUGUGCUUGGUGCGGUGAAAAACGAAAAUGAAGUUGAAACAUACGACAAACAUUUUAAUAAAAGACUUAAUGAAGUACUAGAAGAGGUAAAUAAAAAUAUUGGCUCCGGCCGUGAAGGGCUUGCGGAGUCUGUCGGCGCGGUGAAGAAGUGGUUGGAGGGGUAUGAAAAGAAAUUGAAUGAGAAAAUAAAUGAACUAAAAAAUCCACUUGAACAAUUGAGAAAAGAUAUUGAAAGUGAUAAAACGUCAAUAGAAAAUGAAAAACAUAAUGAGCUUUCGAAGCAAAUUGCCGACUGGACUACCCGGGCAGAUUGGUAUCAUGGGAAGGUAACGGACGCCAAAAUCGCCUUAAACAAUGUUGAUCCUACACUAUCAGGUAAGUUGAAAUGUAACAUUUCAUUGCUGGUGCAGGCAACGGAGACGUUCAAGGUGGCGGCAAGAAACACGGAUCUCGACGCAAUGUUCAAGUUGGCUGCGAAGAAGUGGGCUGAGAUCACAGCAUUUUUGGAAAAAACUUUUUUACGUUAUUCACAUAUGCUCCAAGCCUAUUUGAAGCAUGAAGUUGGGGCCUUGCAUGAGCAAAUAAUCAGCUUGCAAGGGACGCAAUUUAAUGAUUUGUUCACAGCACUCAACACCAAUCUCACUGAGGCCUUCAAAACAGUUAAUUACGGCAUACAUAAAGUAGAAAGUAGUUACGAUACGAAAGUUGUAAGCGGUUUAACGCCUAUUGUGGAAAGUGCUAUCACGCUUAAAAAGGAGGUUCAGUCUGAGAAGGCGGAGAUUAAAAAACAGGUGGUUGCGUUAGUGAAUCAGAUUGAGUUGAUUGGUAUAGCUGAUCAAGGAGUAAAGGCACGAGUGACGAAUGACGCUGCAUUGGUACAGGAUAGAUUAAUGUUGAGUGAAGUCGUUGAAGAUGUUAAGAGUAAAAUUAGGCGAAACGUCGAAGGAUACGUUGAGAAAAUAUUGCCCGAUCAGAUUUAUAACGCCAUCCAGAAAGAAACUGAUACUAUCUGCAAUAACGAUGGAAUUAACGGCUAUUUGAAUGAGAGUGCUCAUUUAGUAGCGCAAUGGGCUCGGACGUUCAGCGGUAAGGAUCAGUUUGGGAAAAAAGUCGGUGACUGGGUGGAAGAUAUUCUCAAGCAGGAUGUUGUCAGUGGAUGGCUCACACGGUGGAUCACGUGGAACAAGCACAGUGAAAAGUUGAGACAGACUACGCUGCAGCGUAUGAAAGAUGGCAACAACGACACAUUGCGCGGUGUAAUAAUUGAAGCGAUCAAAGAAGAAUUUAUAAACGAAAUUACUAAAGCCGGCAAUGCUGUAAAUAUCAAAUCUGCAUACAACAUCGAAGAGAAUGUUGAAGCUGUCAUUGUAGGUAUCGGUAUCUUUAUGGAGAAGCUUGGGGAGGGUUUUGGAGGGAGGGGUGAUAAGAUAUUAGAGAAAAUUGAGAACAAUGAGAAGUUGUGGAAACAACAACAGUCCACUUCCGUCCUUCCUUCCAACUUGCCUCCCCUUCCCUCGCAUAUUUCUCCACCUACUUACGACAACCAACAUCUCAAGCUCGCCCUCCAAGCCACCCUUGUAGCGCUGCAAUCCAAAGCGAGACAAGUUUGGAACGAAUUAAAUUCGUUUGCGUUGAAAAGUUGCAAGAUUGGUAAUGUCGAGAAAGCAAUAACAGAUGUUAAGAGGCUAGCAGGAACUCUUAAGAGGAAACUAAUUCCCAACCCAUCUACAGUCAUCGGCUCCGCACCGACUGAUCUAGGGAAUACUAUUCGAGGGUUUAUUAGCGCUACCGCCGUUGACGUGGAAGACGAACUUGCAAAGCUGCUGAAAAGCACGGCGGACAACGCAAUCGAUGAACUCCAAAAAAAAAUUAAAUUGAAAGUUAAUACUCAAAUACUCCCAAUUCAACAGGCGCUUACAGCACUGCAAAGUCAGAAUGGUCCACACGUAACUACAGGUGUACCGCAGGGUAAGUCUGCCCUUGAAAGUUUGGCUCAUGAACUUCACGAAAAAAUAAAUGACUUGUUGGAAAAUAACGUUGGUACUAGCGCAACCAAAAAAGGCAGUGUUUACGCAGAUUUGAAUGAGCUAAUGAUGAACAUCGAGACACUUGGUGGUGAAGUCGGUAGCGUUAGAAGUAAGGUCGAAGCUGUCGCUGUAGAACUUACAAGCUGCAUUAGGAGAGCCACUAAUCUACUCAAGGAUACACCUCGAGAAAUCGAGAAGUGCUUUAAUAAACUCCGCAUUGCUGUCACAGUUAAAAUAGAUUCUGCUUUCACUGAAAUGGAACAACAAACCAGAGACCUUUACACCGCAAGAAAAACUCAAGAAGUCACCGCCCUGCAUAAAAUCGUUAAGGAGCAGUUUCAGAAAAUUGAAGGAACGAUAAAGACUGAUAAAGAGACUCAUCUUAAAGGAAUUUUGAGUAAAUUAAAAAAACAAUUUAUCCAAUGUUUUGAAGAUCACGCAACAAAACUGUCGGCUACACUCAGAAACACCGAUCAGCCUAAAUUGUCAGAGCAAGAACAAACUGUCAAAUAUUUCGCUCAAAUGUUACGCGAUUUGUACAACCGUUGGAUGAUUGAAGUAUAUGGUCAGGAAGACUUCAAGAAGUUGAAACGUAGAUGGGAGCCUUCCCGAGCCGCCUUCCAUUUUCUGCUCAGCGAGCUUAUGGGCUCUCAGCAUUUUAAUCAUGAAGUUCACAUUAAAUUGGAUGCACUUAAUGCCCUUCUUACCUCUUUACAUCCCUCAUCUUUUGCCGACUCCCCCUCCCCCCUCCUCGCCCCCCUCAAGGCCGGCCUCUCCAAAUUCGCCGAGCAACUCGGCCGCGCGUACGUGAACAGGUACUCGGGUAAACGAUUCAACGGGGCUUUGUUGAAGGAAGUGGAAGAUUCUGACUCCAAAAAAGCUGUUCCUGCUCUUAAACAAAAAUCUGAGAAAAAGUACGAUUUAACCCCUGAGGGCCGCAACUGCGCCAAGGUCUGCCUGACGAUAGUGGAGAUGGUGAAAGGGGAGUUGGAUGUGUUGAGAGAGAAAUGCAAAUUAGAUUGGCAUUCCAAACAAAUAGAUCGUAUUAGUGUUCUUGGUUCAUUUUUAAGUGAUUGCGGUUACGUUGUUUCCAAUAGGGAUAAGCAGGACGGCGAGUUGAGGCGUAGUGACCAGAUGAUGGGUUCACAUAUUCAUGCAAAAAUUAGGCAGGCACUUACGAACGUCGAAAACAUCAAAACACAUCUUUUGAAGUGCAAAUCAAACGAGGAUGAGAAGACCGGCAGAGAAAAGAAAAGUGAUAAGUUCCACGUCCUUGAUGUACUUGCCUGCCUCCAUUGCCACCUGGAAACGUACUAUACUCUCGGCCACAUGGCAUCUUUAACUGCCAAACGUAAUCCAUGUUCUGUGUACGAGAUGCUAGUUUGGUGCGCUGGUUUGCAUUAUAAUUCGGUUUACGAGAUAUUUGUGCGCGAUGGUUUCACUGGUCUGAUGGAGAAGCCGAAGAAGAAGAUAAUACAGGCGAGCGACGACGGAUUGGAAUUGGAUGCUGAAUAUGACGAUUUGACAGCGUACUACGUGGACGUGUUCCCGAGUAAGAUCCGAUAUGAUCAUAUACAUUCUGCCAUCAACCAUAUUUGUGCAACAUCGCAUGACGUGCUGACUCGCAUCAUCGGUCACGGCGACGAAUACACAACGUACGGCGUAGACUUCUGCAAUAACUCUCUCAAGUUCAGAUAUCCGACGUCGGCUGAGGAAUGCCUUGACAUGUUCCUCGACAUCCUCCGCAGAUUGUUCCCGCCGCUCAAAUACCUGGAGACACAGUGCAGCACCGCCGCGAGAGAGUACGGGUGGGCAGGUUGCCAUUAUGGCAAAGACGUACAGACAACCAACUGGCCAUGCAACGAACACUCUAGCACUAAAGUAACGUGCCAACCAAAUGGUCAAGCAAAGUGCGAACCAAAUUGCCAACCAAAAUCGCCAUUGAUGUCCUACUUAUACGAUUGCUUGCCCGGACAUUUACCUCACGUGUUGACUGACAUUGGCUGCAAAGCGAAAUGUAGUACCUGCCCUAGAUCCACGCCUGGAAUGCCCUGUCUCACUCCCCUAGGAUUCCGAGGUUUCUCCGGGACCAAGCGUGCAGGCAGAGACAUAAGUGACGUGCUAGGCAAAUUCUUUGACAACGGCAAACUCAAUGUCCUAUUUAGCCUGCAAACUAAGACGCCAUCUACGUUACCGGAACACUUCGGUUUCACGUUAUCACUUGUUGCUGGGUGGGUUGGUAGCGACAACAAGAAGCGUAAGACAGGUGUCGAAGAGCCGUUUGAGGAGGCAAUUACAAACGUCUCCAUUGAACUAUAUGAGAAACCUACAAAACUUACAGAAGCAUUGCGUAAUGCGUAUGGUGAUCCACGGCCUGUUAAUCUCACUCAGGUUCGUAUGCCUCCACACGCUGCGUUAUCCAGUCUUUCGAUAACAGGAUAUAAUGAUCCUGCACUGAAAGCAUACUGCACUCCCUAUAUGUUAUCGCUCAGUGAAGAUUACUACUCAUGUCUACCAUUUAAGAAUUCAAAAACCUACCUCUCCUGGGCUGUCUACCUGCCGUGGGAUUUCUGGAAAUACCUCAAGAGCCUGUAUGACGAAUUCUGCAAUAUCUUAUGCGCUGAUUGGGGAUGUCGCACGUGUUUACGCGCUGAUAAAUGCCGACGUGGUCAGCAUGGACUCAGCGAUGAUAAGACUAAGACGCCUUAUUGUCAGUGUGCAUCAAUAGUUCAGUGUAGAGGUGUCUCACCCAUAUUGUAUAGGUACGGUUUUUGCUUCGGUGAAGCAUCUACCUUAAACGCUAAAAGCACGCGUAAAACGUGUUCCCAAUUCUGCAAACAGCUGUACGACGUGCUACACUCGCAAUAUUUCAGAGACCUCUUCGACAAAUGCGACGACUUCCUACUAUGUAUCAGAUGGCCUUUCAUGCUUACUGUUCUAACCCUCUGGCUCCUCUCUUUCCUGUACCUCAUCCACAUCAUGGUCAUCCGCCUAGACCUGCUCCACAUCAAAUCGCAUUUGCACAGUCCCUCAUCACAUCGUAUCGCUGCUCAAUCGCUACUUGCCGCCGCACGUGUUAACAAGCUUAACAGAGUGUUUUACCUGCAACCAUAA